GCCGCCUUGCGCGCUGCUCCGCUCUUCCCCGUCCGUUCUCCUGAGGCCCCGCCCUCCUUUGCUCCGGCAGCUGCGAAAGUGCGGGCCCCGGAUUCGGCGGCUCGGGCGGCCGAGAGGCCCCGGGCGGCGCGGUGCGCAGGCGCGAGCGUGCGGGGCGCGCGGCGCGCGGUUGAAGCCCGAGUGAGUUCCUGGGCGCGGAGACCCGGCGGUCGGCGGGCGAGCGACCGCUUCCCCCACAGCCAUGGCAGCCCUGCGCUACGCGGGCCUGGAUGACACCGACAGCGAGGACGAGCUGCCCCCGGGCUGGGAGCAGAGGACUACCAAGGACGGCUGGGUUUACUAUGCCAAUCACACUGAGGAGAAGACCCAGUGGGAACAUCCAAAGACUGGGAAAAGAAAGCGAAUCGCAGGAGAUUUGCCCUACGGAUGGGAGCAAGAAACCGAUGAGAAUGGACAAGUGUUUUUUGUCGACCACAUAAACAAAAGAACCACCUACUUGGACCCAAGACUGGCAUUCACCGUGGACGACAAUCCCACGAAGCCGACCACCAGACAGAGAUACGAUGGCAGCACCACGGCCAUGGAGAUCCUCCAGGGCAGAGACCUCAGCGGCAAAGUGGUCGUGGUGACUGGGGCGAACUCGGGGAUCGGGUUUGAAACUGCCAAAUCUUUCGCCCUUCAUGGUGCACAUGUGAUCCUGGCCUGCAGGAACAUGACGAGAGCCACUGAAGCUGUGUCCCGCAUUUUAGGAGAAUGGCACAAAGCCAAGGUAGAAGCAAUGACCCUGGACCUCGCUCUGCUCCGUAGCGUGCAGCAUUUUGCUCAGGCGUUCAAGGCCAAGAAUGUGUCACUUCACGUGCUUGUGUGCAACGCAGCUGUGUUUGGGCUCCCCUGGACCCUCACAAAAGACGGCCUGGAGACCACCUUCCAGGUGAACCACCUGGGCCACUUCUACCUUGUCCAGCUCCUGCAGGACGUCCUGUGCCGCUCAGCCCCUGCCCGGGUCGUUGUGGUCUCCUCGGAGUCCCAUAGAUUUACAGAUAUUAAUGAUUCCUCGGGAAAACUAGACUUUAGCCGCCUUUCUCCAUCAAAAAACGACUACUGGGCCAUGCUGGCUUACAACCGGUCCAAACUGUGCAACAUCCUGUUCUCCAACGAGCUCCACCGCCGCCUGUCCCCCCGUGGGGUCACGUCGAAUGCAGUGCACCCCGGGAACAUGAUGUACUCCGCCCUCCACCGUGGCUGGUGGGUGUACACGCUGCUCUUCACCUUGGCGAGACCCUUCACCAAGUCCAUGCCAGUGGGCAGGUCACCCAUGACGUGGUCCACUGGACAGCCCGCCUCAGUGACUAUUCGGCAAUCAAGGCCUUUCCUCUACUUCCUGGUGGCACUUUAAUCAUCGUAUAUGAAGCCCGGCUGCACAGUGUGUUGGGAUCAAGCAUAUGCAGCAUCCAGUCCACACUGUGGACUGUGGCUUACGUCAGCGCUCUCUGCUAUGUCUGGAACCUUGACAGCAACUGCGAGGGAUCUCUGACCUUGGCACCAGAACCCAGGGCCCGCCCCUGGGAGGCACUUACCGAAGCCACGUUUCCCUUCCCUCCUAAGGGAGACUGGGUUUAUGUGGAGAUUUUCUGUAUGUAUUUGGGGCUGGAGGGAAGUUUUAUUGUGGUGCUUAUGUGCUCUGAAUAAUUUGCAGCAACUUACAGAGUUAUAAUUCAGGGAGUAAGUGGUUGUGAGAGAAUUCGCAGUGUCAUACCCAAAUGUGUGUUUUCCCUUAAUCUGUAGCCUUCUUGACAAAUUACCAGGAGCGUCAGCCCUGUUAUCACUGCGUACUUGUGCACCGUAAGUAUGGGCCUGGGGAGGACCAGCGUGCAUGCAUGCACUCCCAAGUCCUUUGACCAUGACAGACACCACUAAUCAAUCAGAGUCGUGCUCAGCACACGACUCCAAGUGGCCAUCACUAACCGUCUGCAGUCAGUGCGGGAGAUACUCUUUAUCUGCCAUCCUUGCGAUGUGAUGUUUGAUGAAAGCAUCCCAGUUCUUCCUGAAGAGGACAGACAGGCCGCCUGUUCAGCAGUCACACCUCUGGGUAUCUUAUUCCUGGUGAUGUUUUGCUGUCAGAGCUUGGCCCACCUCCUGGCAGGUGGCUGGGAAGACUUUGAGCCAGUUACCUAAAGGGAUAAUGCAUGUCUUAGAGUUCCAUUGCCUGCCCGACGUGACCCUCACUCUCCAGACAUAAGCUGGAGCUGAGUAAUGAAAUGUCUGUCCUCUGUUAGGAAUUUGUGUAUUAGGACUGGUGGUUCAUGUUGUUCUGGUCUAGAAGCUUUCCUGGAACAGAAAGGAUUCCUUGAAAGACCCAUUGCAGAGGCAAACGUACCCAGGUUGAGUGGAAGUGUGGUUUGGUUUAUGCACAGAGUUUCAGGAACAUGUCUGUUGCAUCAAGCUGUGUCCACUUGAGUGGGUAUAUAAUGUGUGUCUGUUACUCUCUCUUACAGCAGAGAAGAGCAGUUGCACGGUCAUGCCAGGCCCUUAGAGUGUCGGGUGUAUUAUUUGUAAAAUACUCUCAGGGUGUUUAAAGAGAGUCAUUCUUUACAAGUUCUGAUAAAUGCCAUCACCAUGAAAACAACAUAAUACAUGUAGCUAAGACCUGAAUAGCACUUGGUGUGCACUUAUAGGUAUAUAAAUCUGUAUAACCAUGGCACUCUUUGUGUGUGCUUUACAUAAGUGAACACCUCAACACAAUCUUACACUCAUUUUGGAUGUGAGAAAACCGAGACACACAGAAGGUGAGUAAGCAGGCCGAGAACACACAGCUGAAGUAGUUGUCUGACCCUCUAAAGUCUGUGUUAUUACCCACAGCAAAGCACGGCAUCAUCCAGAAAUUUUCUCCAUUUGGAUGGAUUAAGGUGACACUUCCUUCUUAAGCAGGGUGAGAAUUCUGGACGUUUAUGAUGGUCAGAAAGUGACAGAGCUGGGAACCAGUGCCUUAGAGGAGGUCUGGGUCUCAAGGCCGUGUCUUUGCUUUUGCGUUUUGGACAGGUCAGUCAAUAAACGUGAAAGAGACACAGAGCAGCCAGUGCACCAGAGAACACAGAACCAGCAGCAGGUCACUGCGGAGCCUGUCGAGAGCCCGCUGCCCGGCCGCACCCAGAGACCUUUCUGCUGCACAGGCCAGGGGUCUCUGGUGGGGGCUCGUGCGUGUGCUUCGGUAGGAAGUACCCCACCUCCUGGGUCAGCAUGGUCACCACUUAAUGGACUGUACAUCAGUGGCUUCGGGAGGAAAAGAAAUGUAGGGCUCGGCCAUCGGUCAGUCCCUGAGUCAGCACAAUGAACUUUUGAUCAAUUAGCUCCUCCCCCCGUCUUUAUGGUAUGGCCUUUCCUGUAAUUACAGUCGAGAUCCUAUAGCCGGAGGAAGGCCUGUCAGUGGAGUAAGAGGCUGCUGUCCAUCGCGGGGUGACAGCCAGUUCCGAGGGCUUCAGAACUGUCCUUAGAGAGCUUUGUUAUUUCCUCCUCCGCUGGUUUACCCCGGCCCCGUUUGUCUCCACCAUGUGGACGGAGCAGUCUUUCUCCAUGGCCAGGCCCCGUGGGUCAGGACCCCAGACAUGAUGUACUGCAAAGUAGAGAUGCUUCAUUGAUCUGUAUUGUUUUUAAUUAAGAAUCAUUUUAAAAAAUACGUGUCUGUGUGAGCAUAGGAAAAGAUCUCGGAAGAUGUGUGGCCGGCAGUUUGUCAGGCACCACCCCUGGGGGUGGGCUUGGGUAGGAAGCAAUGGGAAAAGCAUCAUGUUUUACCUUAGGCCAACCUGUCCUUGGUUUUCUUUCUUUUCAUUUUUUAAUAACCAGGGACAACUCUUGUGCUUUCAAAUGACUCUGUCAUUGAAGAAUCAAAAUCAGUAAACUUAUUUCUCAUUAUCAGGAAUUCCCUGAGACAGGAACAUUUUAGGUCGAAAAAUCACCAAGUCUUCUGAACACUUGCCUGAGUGUCUGGAUCCGAAUGAUCGGUUUUCAUCUUUGCUCUCGGAAUUCUGGAGCUUGGAGUUAAAAGUUAGAGCUCAUGGCUCUGUUGGACUGUUUUUCCCUUGCUUUACCGGCUCCUCUUGGCCCUCAGCCCCUCUGUUUUUCUUCUGCUUCCCCAGGAUCCCAGGCUUAUCCCCCAUCCUCGUCACACCUCUGGAAGCUUCAGGCACGAUCUCUCUCCUCUAAAGGGAGUUACCCUGCCUCCCCAUGCUCAUUCUUCAUUUCCCUGCAGCUGAAAGUCAAGCACAUGUUUGUAGUCAUGCUUGGUGCUCUGCCUUCUUAAAGCUAUAAACAGAUGAAGAUGUCUUUGUGGAAUGUAGUCCUGGGAGAGAAUUCCAUGUCUCUGAUGAACUGAAGGUGGAAUUGAAGGGAGGAAUCACGUCCAUCAGUAGGUGGCUGGUGUCCUGUGGGUCUGUUGAGCUCUCCUGGCCGCUGCUAGAGGUGCCCGUGCUGCCCCAGGUGGACGGUGGUAGAGGGGUGGGUGCGUCCCACUUGCUUUUGUGCAUGUGGCCAUGGGAGGCAAGGAAAGAUGUGCUUUGCACACGCCAGGUUGCUGGGUGGCUUCUAACCUCAGCCCCUUGGACAUGUCACUGACAGCAGACCACAUGAAGCCACCAUGUUGCUCUGUCGUUAUGGGCUGGUGACCGCUGCACCCCGAAGAUGGGAGGUUCUUUGAGGGCCAGUGUCGAAGCUGUGGACAGGUCACCCCAGCACCCCGUGACGCCUUCCCCUGAGCCAUCUGCACUGAAGAAGACGGGUCACUGCUGAAGGCACAGGCCGUCACUCAUGCCCUUCUCUCCCGUCAGCCUCUGCGAAACCUUCAAGAAGGAGAACAGCGUGCUCAGAAAUCAAGGAAGCUCACUUUUGCCAAGAGUGAUGUCAGUAGCAAACUCUGGAAGGAGGUGCGAUCUGGAAAGGUUCUGCCGGGAGCUGUGGGGGUAUCAAAUGCUGAGGCCCCAAACCCUGUGUGUGCGUAUGCCUUUGGCCCUGGCGUGGAAUAACUGGCAGCUCUCUGAUAGGCACGUUUCUACCGAGGCCUGUCCGGCGGUGAGUGGGGUCCGGGGUGAGGGUACAUGCACACAGGAGACUGGACAGAGUGGUUUGAUUCCAGAACUGCAUACAUCCACUCAAAAGACCCACUGGUGGCAGGUUUUCUUCCAGUGUCACUCGUAAUUUGUUCCUUUGCAAGUUUCUUUCUUUCGUUUUUAUUAAAAUAGGCUUUAUUUAUUUAUUUUAGAGCAGUUUUAAGGUCACAACAAGACCGAGAGAAGUGCAGAGGUUUCCCACCUGCUUCCUGCCCCCGCAUGUGCACCUCCUCCUUCACGGUGGGCAGCCCCUGCCCCGCCCCGCCCCCUCAGGGCUCAUUCGUUACCGCCGGUGAGCCCACGGUGACGCAUCACUGUCCCCUGCAGGCCGUGGUUCUGUUUGGUGCUCCCCGUUUGUGUCGCACGUCUGUGCGUCUGGACGAAUGUCUGGUGACAUGUGCCCAGCACUGUCCUACUGCCCCGAGCCCUCUGGGCCCCUUCCCUCCUCCCGCCCUUCACCUCUGGCCUGUGCCAACCACUGACGUCUUGAGUGUCCACAGUUUUGCCCUUCCCAGAGUGUCACAUAGCUGGAGUUGGAAGCAUACAACCAUCGUUAGAAGCGUUUUCAGAUUGACUUCUUUCACUUAGAAAUAGGCAUUUACGUUUCCUCCAUGUCUUCUCACGGGUCCGUAGAUUUUUGCUUGCACUGCUGUUGUUUAGCACCAAAUAGUAUUCCACUGUCUGGAAGUACCCAAGUGUGCUCAUCCAUUCGCCUACUGAAGGACAUUUUUGUUGCUUCCACGUUUGGGCAAUUAUGAAUGAAACAUCUGUAAAUAUCCUGUGUAUGUUUCUGUGGACAUAAGUUUUCAGCUCAUUUGUGUAAAUACGGAAGAGCACAGUUGCUGGUUUAUAUGCUGAGAGUAUGUUUGGUUUUGUACAAAGUGCCAGACUGCCUUUGACAGUGGCUGGCCCACCUCGCAUCCCCUCCAGCAGUGGCGAGGGCUCUUGUUACCCCACGCCCUUGCCAGCACUUGGCCGGGCAGUGUUCUGGCUUGCUGUCAUCCUAAAUAGCAGUGUAGCGGUACCUGCUUGAUUUACCAAGGUUUGUUUUUCAUUGUGAGUUUUAAAUAAUCACACUUAUAUAAAAAGUCUGAGGUAAGUGGAGGAGCACAUUUAGCUCUGAAACAAGCACAUCUUUGUGGAGUCUGGCAGUUUGCUGGUAACUGACGCUGGAAUUUUUCACCGGUAACAUCUUACUGUGACCACUGGCCAUCAGGAGAGAUCUGAGACUGAGGUAGUGGGUUCUCAGUUCGUAUGUUUUAUGCUCAUGAAGCCAACUAACUUUAAGCCAUGGGUCUGUUUGGGGGUUAUGCCAAUGACAAUAAUUAUUGAAAUAGCCAAUGGGCGUUAAGAUAAUUGGUUUGUGGGCAGAAAUAGUAUGCUUAUUAUUGCCCUCCACCAAAACCUUACUGCAUAUUUGAUGUACUUACUUGAUUGAAUCUAAGCCGUCUUCAUGAUUAUAGUGUCCCCUUGGUGGAUGCCCAGCACUGCGUUGCUGGGGCAGUGCCUGGGUCCCAAGGCAUCACUCUUGACUGUCUUCCACCAGACACUGUAGUGUUACAUUUCAAAAAAGGCAAAAGAUAAAAGGUAGGCUAAUUAUAUGCUGAGAGUACUAAAACUUGGGAAAAAGAUGUUUCAAGAAAAUUUGAUAUUUUUGGGAAAUUGUCAAGGUCAUUGACAUAAAGAGAAUAGAAACAACUUCAUUACACUUUCUGCCCUGUACUUCAAGGCUUACUCAUACUGCUUCGUAAAUUUCACCCCGUUGUUGGUGGGGCCACUAGUGCUGUCAGAGCUUAUAAAGUAAGGGGUGAAGGUAACACGUCUCCACCCACCUCGGGGCAAGGUUUGCUGGAGGGACCACUUUUCCAAGCUUCACAUGCCCUGCCCAUAGAGUUUGUGAUAAAACUUUCCAUUUUUCUUCACAUGGCAUAUGUAUAAUGCCAGUGCUGGGUGAGGGAAUUGUUCAGAGACAGAGAAAAGGCUGCAUAUACUCAGCUUAAAGGGAAGUUAGUGACAUGCAAAAAUUGGGAGCUUUCUGUGAUAAGGAAAACCUAGCAGGGAUGUCAUGUUGUCUUAUUGAUUCGGUGGAGAGCACGCCGGUGUUUGGUAUGGCGAUUCCGCGGUCUUUUUUCUCUUAAAUUCAAAGUCCUCAGCCGUCCGUCUCUCCUUCAUUGGCAUUGAGAGAUAAGCGCGAUAAUGAUUGAGUUAAGAUUGAAUAUCACGUAGGCGAAAGGAAUAAUUCUGAGGAUUUUUAGUCUAUUAACUAUAUGAGGCUUCUUAAUAGUUUGGCUUAAGGCAAAAAUGAUUUUAUUCUAGUUUCAUCCUCGUUGAGUCAAUAAUUAACCGAGUUUGAUUAAAACUGAAUUUUACCAAGUAUAACAACCAUCUGGGCCUCUUUCCUUCCCUAUGAGAAAUGGCGCGUUCUUCCCCCAGAGCAGUUCACGGUGUCCAGGGUGGGGCAUGGGCCUCAGGGCCUCAGCCCCGUCAUAAUGCCUAUGCGUGGGGGAGGCAGCGGUGUUCUUUGGCACCUGCCUUGCUCUCCCGGGAGGGGCCUCCCGCACACGGUGCUGUCUCUCCGGGAGGGGCUGGCCCUCGGGGAGCCCCUGGCUCUCCGCCAGCCCCUUCUGUUUCUCUUCCUCUUGGGCCCUGUACCACCUGCCUGCCUUUCACCUGAGCUCGCCCUCCUGCAGGACCAGGUGGGACUGGUGGGGCUCUGCUGGCCUGGGGCGAGCGGCGAGACUCGGGCCCUGGGCAGCUGUGUCCCCAUGCUGUGUAUGGAGGGCUUCCUGCAUCGCUGCUCCGAGCUCCUGCCAGCUCCCCUUGGACCACUGUUCGUCCCGGGCUGGGUGGCUUGGCACGCCACCCUCUCCCCUCCAGGCCCAGCCACUGGGCUUUAUCCGUCCGUCCCCAGCGCAGGACACGACGGCAGCGUGGGUAAACCAUAUCCAUGGAAUGGGCUAGGGGGAGACUCAAGGCCCGGCAGCGCAGGGGCCGUUUGCUCUGGACGUCGAGACCUUGGGAUUUCACGCCGCGGGGCUGGGAUCUUCCCUCAGCUCUCAUCUUUCUGGGCUGCAAGAGCCAUUCCUGCUUUUGGCUAGCUGGGAUUAAGUAGCCCCACAUCCUGGCCGCUUUGAGGCUUCACUGCCUUGAGUCUUUUAGGACAGAGCUAAGACAGGCAGAAGGGAGGAGGUGGGCCCAAACUUUGAUUCGCACAAGGAUAAAGGAAAACAAGCAAAAAAAAAAAAAAAACAACUAGAAAACCACAGCAGUGAAACAGAAGGGCGCGAAGAGAGGUGGUAAGCGCCCCAUGAGGGUCCUGAUGCGUGGUGCCCGCGCGCGAGUGCCCGCUGACCCCAGUGGCAGUGGCCCAGGCAGUGGCAGCCUGGGCGAGCGUCUGCUGACAGUCACUGCGCUGCUAAUUGUGUUUGCGAGGAGCAUGUGUGCAGCGGGGAAAGACGGGCCUUUGAAAGAACUGUAUGGAUUGCUUGGCAUUUAGCGUGGGUGUUAAAUCUCCAUCCUGGUUGCCAAGAUUAAAUUGAAUCGUCCCCAUGGCCGUUCAGUUUCACUGCGCAGAAAACGUAGCCAACAUUUUUACACCUCUCCCUCCCUCUCGCCUCUCCUUCUUUCAUUCCUUUCUUUCCCCUCCUUCUGUCUUUUUAAAGAACAUAUUGCAUGCUCCUCACUGAGUGGGUACCAUUCCACCAAGUCAGGCAGACCCCCGGCAAGAGGUUCCAGGUACGUGGUGUCAGAGCACCUGGCGGAGAGACCCGAGCAUCCGUGUGAUGGGGUGAGUGGGUGCCUCGUGACCAUUUCAUUUUGGGUGUCCUCGAUUAUUUCCCAACCGCCAUCCAGCUGGACUGGCUCUUUGGAGAGCACACGGAUGUUUGUGCUGGAAGCUCUAGUCAUAGCAUUUAAUCCCAAAGCUUUUUUUUUUUUCUCUAUGAUGAAUUAUUCAGGCAGUGUUUUCCAAAGUUGUCAUCAAUCAGGACAGACCCAGAGAGAAUGUGUGUGACCACACCCAUGUGGGCUCUGAGAGGAAUUGGUGUUUUCUGGCUCCACGACGUUCCAGAAGAAAGGAUUCAAAGCCAGGGGCUGUCCUUCUCUGGGCAGUGAGCAAAGCAGGUACCACCCUCAGGUUCACUGAUGUUUAGGCUGGAUUAAAACCCAGCCAGGGAAAUGUGUGCAGCCCCGCAGGGGUGGGGAUGGGGUGAGGCUUUUUAUCCUCUAGUGGUCAGCAGUGUUGGGCAGGGCAGAGGGUCAACUGGGUGUCAGCAACAGAGGUUCUCAGUCAAUGCUCUCAGAAUUCUGAACUUGGAGCAUAAGCACCCUCCCCUCUGCACGGAUUUUUUUCUUUUUUUUGGUAUCAUGAAGCAGUUCUUGGAUGACUGCCUGCCUAUUGUAAAAGAAAAAAUAGGCAGACAGGUCGGUUUAGAUACCUGUGUAUGUGUAAACACUUCGGCAUUAUUGGUACAAACCAUCAGAUGGUGGGGCUGAGGAUGACCACAGACCACUGGCCACAGCCACACACAGGGGUUUGGAGAGGAACAUGGGAGAUGGGAAGGAGUGGAAAGUAGAGACAUGGCGCAAAGUCGAAUGCCGGCUUCGUUUCGCCCAGCUUCCCUCCUCACUGUGCUCCGGCUUUGGAGCUGGCUGUCUUCCCAAACAGUGGUACUCAGCUUUGGCUGUGCACUAAGACCGACCGCUGGGAAAUUCUUUAAAAAUAGUGAUGCUCCAGGCUGAUUGAAUCCAGAUCUCUGAGAGAGAGAGAGAGAGACAGAGACAGAGAGAGAGAGAUGUCCUUCUGGAGUUGUCUGUGGAAAGUUUCUGGGACCGUGGAGCAGUCAGAUCCCCUUUGAAAAAGCCACACUGGGCUUCCUGCUUGACAGAGUUUUCUGUGCUUCUCUGGAGGUUGUUACCCUUUCCUCAUCUUCUGUCUCCCUGGAACACUUUUAUGUCCAUUGGAACUUUGCAGGGCCUGCCUUCCCUUUGCUCUCCAAUAUCCAUUAACAACAACAAAAAGACCCAAAAGAGCUUUAUUCACACACAAUGCGCCAGUCCACAGGUCAUCCAUGUAAAGUGUAAAGUUCAGUAUUUUCUUGGUAUAUCCACAGCAUUGUGCAUCCAUCCAUCACCACCAUCAAUUUUAGAACAUUUUAAUUAGCCCAAGAAGAUCCACCCUCCCUAGCCAUCAUCCCAAAUGCCCCUUCUUCCAGCCCUUGGAAUCUGUCUUGAUGGGUUUGCCAGUUAUGUACAUUCCCUAUAAAUGGAGUUAUGUAAUCCAUGUAAUCAGAUUGCAGACAUCCGUUGGAUCAUUGAAAAAGCGAGAGAGUUCCAGAAAAAUAUCUACUUCUGCUCUGUUGACUAUGUCAAAGCCUUUGACUGUGUGGACCACAACAAACUGUGGAAAAUUCUU